AUGAACCACCCAGCUCCUGUGAAAGUCACAUACAAGAACAUGAGAUUUCCUAUUACACACAAUCCAACCAAUGUGACCUUAAAUAAAUUCAUAGAGAAACUUAAGAAGUAUGGAGCUACCACAAUAGUAAGAGUAUGGGAAGCAACUUACGACACUACUUUUGUGGAGAAAGAAGGUAUCCAUGUUCUCAAUUGGCCUUUUGGUGAUGGUGCACCACCAUCCAGCCAGAUUGUUGCUGAUUGGUUACAUUUUGUAAAAAUUAAGUUUCGUGAAGAAUCUGGUUGUUAUAUUGCUGUUCAUUGCAUUGUAGGCCUUGGGAGAGCUCCAGUACUUGUUGCCCUAGCAUUAAUUGAAGGUGGAAUGAAACAUGAAGAUGCAAUACAAUUCAUAGGACAAAAGCGGCGUGGAGCUUUUAAAAGCAAGCAGCUUUUGUAUUUAGAGAAGUAUCAUCCUAAAAUGCGGCUGCGCUUCAAAGAUUCCAACGGUCAUAUAAACAACUGUUGCAUUCAAUAAAACUGGGGUGCCUAAUGCUAUUGGAAGUGGAACUUGAGAUAGGACCUAAUUUGUUACACACAUUAGCCAACAUGUUGGCUUAGCGAGUAAGUCUAAUGAAGCUUCCAUAGGAGUAUUGACAGGCAGUUUUACCAGGCCACAAGCUAGACAGAUUUGGCAACUUCUGUGUUUGGGUUACAGUCAACCUAUUUGGACAUUUGGCAAAAUAUUCUUGCUGUCAGCAUAUAAAAUGUGCUUGUCAUUUGUACCAACUGACCUUUCCCAAAAUCAGGCAGUAUUGAGUUAGGACUUGUUUAAAUCUAUUCCCAUGCCAGAAUCUUAUCGAUACAUAAGAAAUUUAGGAAGAUUAGGUGCCAAAAUACCCAGCACCAUACUUGUAUAUUUUUAGCACCAUACAGAACUAAAAUCUCAGGAACU